CCUUCCUCUACCACCUCCUAAUUCUUGCAGCCCUUCACCAAACCUAAAGCUGCGAAGAUGACUAUUACAGAUGUGCUUGCCAAGGAUGACAUUAAAAAAGCCCUGGACAAUUUCCAAAAGCCCGGAAGCUUCAAUCACAAGGUGUUCUUCGACAUGGUUGGUUUGAAGAAGAAGGCGAAGACUGAUGUGGAGAAAGUCUUCAAAAUCCUCGACAAGGAUCAGAGUGGCUACAUUGAAGAGGAUGAGCUCAAACAUAUACUACAGUGUUUUGCACCCAAUGGAAGAGAUCUUGCCGAUAACGAAAUUCAGGCACUUCUCGCAGCCGGUGAUGAGGAUCAUGAUGGCAAGAUUGGGCAGUCAGAGUUUGUCAACCUCGUAGGUCAAGCAUGAAGUAACUGAACCAACCCAAGUCUCCAUUCGCCCUCACCGUCCGAUUCAGAACGGACCUCUGGGGAGAACCUCGGUUCAUGAGAAGUCCAUAUAGUUCCUACUAUUUAUUUGUACAUUUUAUACUCGUGUUUGUGCCGGAAGGUGCUGUCAAACAAAUAAAUGUCAAAAGAUAA